AUGGACGGACUUGCCAGUUAAGAUUAAACAAAAAUAAAUAACAUAAACCUAUUCAAGACAAUUUACAUCUCUAUAGGUUUUAUGUUACUAUAUGUUGCUUUCUCCACAACUUAAAAUAUGAUUUCUUAGAUUUAUUUCUAAUUAGGUUAUGAUUAGCUAGGUAAUUAUGCGCUAUUUGCUCUUUACCUUACUUAAGCUGCUAACAAUCUAUUCGCCCCUAAAAUAGUAUAAAGAUUCCCUGUUAAAUGGGUUCUUUGUUUGAGCGCUUUAGGAUAUUUACCCUUUAUGAUUGUAGGUAUACUACCUAGAUAGUGCUAUGAAGAUAUGCAAGCUAAUCCUAACUACGAAUCAAAUUUAUGUUCUAAGCAUACAAUUUACGGGCUGAUUCUUGCUUCAGCUAUUGUAAAUGGGUAUUGUGCCUCUCUCAUUUGGGUUUGUUAAGGUACAUACAUUGGUAUUUUAUCUAGCUCCAAGCCUGAAAAGACUGGAGUUUACUUUGGUAUUUUCUGUUCCAUUUUUGCUACUUCAUUCUUAAUUGGAUCAGUUAUUGGUACAUUCUUGUUGGGUUACACUACACAAAAGACCUUCUUCAUUAUCAUGUCAGUAAUUGGAGCAGUAGCUUGUGUAAUGCUGUUUUUCAUUCCAUCACCAUUUUAGGACUACCAAAUUCAAUAAAUGAAGGAUGCUAAAAAAAUUGCUCAUGAUGCUAAAGAUAGUUAGACAAUUGCUCCUCAAGAAACCUUUAUGCAAACUAUAUAAAGAUAUGUUCAGAUAUUAAAAACUGACCAAAUUAUUCCUUUGAUGACUCUUAUGGGACUUUCUGGAUGUAUAUCAGCUUUCUACGCUGGUUUUAUGUAUAUGCUCAUUUAAAACACUUUAGCUAUAGAUUAUACAAAUCCUGACUCGAUAAAAGAUGUUAACUAAAAAACAUGUUAUGUAUAUAUCUGCUAAGGUAUUUUUGAAAUUAUAUCAGGAUAUGCAGGAGGUUAUCUCGCCCUGAGAUAUAAUAUCUAUAAACUUGUCAAUUUAGCUACCAUAUUUGUAUAAGCAGCUUUUGUAUUCGCACUUAUUUGUACCUAUACAUAGGACUAUACUAUUGCCUUCCUUUGCAGUGCUUUUAUCGGAUUCGGAGAUAACUUAUUAAACUGUGUUUUGAGUGAAAUUAUAACUAAAGAUUAUCAUGGAAAGAGUGAAAUUUAUGCUUUGAAGAGUUGUGUUAUGUCUCUUGUUUUCGCUGCUCUUUUGUUAAUCAAUGUUCUCGUUUAACAUAACGAUGCUAAAUAUUCCUUUAUUCUCGCUAUCUUUAUUUAUCAAAUAUUCGCAACUAUUGCAUCAGUCAAUCUUGGACCUCAAAAACCUCUUGAAUUAAAUGAAGAAAAGUAAAUCAGCAGAAUUCCCUCAGAAGAUAAAAAUGAUAAUGAUAACGAGCUUUAAAUGCUUCACAUAUAAUAGAGAAAUUAAUUAAUGACCACAAAAUAAAUGGAAGAUUGA